AUGACAAUAUUCAACAAAUUUACAGCUGUUGCUACCAAGCAAGAUGCUCAGGAAGAACAGAAUAUCUUUAAUAAGGUCCAAGAAGCUAAAGCUGCAGCAAGUAGAUCAGAGGAGUUUGCUGUUUUGAAGCGUCAAAGAGCCCAGCUUCUAAUGGAGAAUGCAGAUUUAGCUACAUACAAAGGCACAAUGGCACUAAGAAUUGCCGAAGCACUGCAAGGUGCCAAAGCUUCAGAUGCUGCUGACUCUUUUUUUCUCAGUUGA